UUUGUCUCUGAGAACAGUUCUACUUCAGUCAAUGGGAAAAUUAUUUUCUAUUUAGUUCUAGGUAUUGUCUUCUUCAUCCAGACAGGAGCAGGUAUACUGGGUAAUUUCUUUCUCCUUUGCCAUUAUACCAUCACUUUGCUUAAUGGCAACAGGCUGCGAUCUAUAGACUCCAUUUUUUUCCACUUGGCCUUGGCCAACUCCAUCGUGCUUAUUUCCAAGGGAGUUCCUCAGACAAUGGCUGGUUUGGGGCUGAAAGAUUUCCUGGAUCAUGUUGAGUGUAAGCUGAUUCAUUUCCUCCAUCGAAUUGUCCGUAACGUUUCUCUCACUAUCACUUGCUUUCUGAGUGGUUUUCAGAUUAUCACCAUCAGUCCCUUCACCUUUUCCAUUUGGUCAAAGCUCAAAGCUCAAGUCUCAAAUUAUAUUGUCCCUUCCUGCCUUUUAUGCUGGAUCCUACACAUUCUAAUAAAUGUCUAUACAUUUGGAAAUAUGCAGAAGUAUACAGAACAAAGUAAUAACACGAGGAUAUGGAAUAUAGGAUUUUGUUCACACUUUUCUCCAACAUCAUUUAAAGUCUCUGUAUUUGUAAUUUUGUUCUCUGUUUCUGAUUUCCUUUGUGUGGGAUUUAUGGCCAUAGCAAGUGGCUAUCUGGUGCUACUCCUGCAAAAACACCAUCAACAAGUCCAGCAUAUUCACAGUUCCAGCCAUUUGUCAAGAAGAUCUAUUGAGACUAAAGCCACCUACACUAUUUUGGUGUUGGUGAGCACCUAUGUCUCCUUCUACUUAGCCAAUGCUAUUUUGUCAUUUUUUCUCUUUUUUGGGGAUAAAUAUUAUGAGUGGUUGAUUCCUAUAUCAGCCUUCUUGUCCGCAUGUUUCUCAGCCAUUAGCCCAUUUGUGCUUAUCAGUUCAGAUUCCCACAUUCUCCAUCUUUUUUACUCCAUUUGGGGAAAUAAAAGAUCCCAAGAUUCUCCUUUUCCUAGAUGGUUCCUUACCCAACAUUCUAUUUCUACUUUUAAGAGUGAAUGCAGUUAA